AUGCUGUACGCUGCUACGACACAACAGGCUACCGCACAGCUGGGUGCGCUACGCUGCGCCUUCUUCGAGCCCUCGCAGGACUGCCUCGUCGUCAACAAGCUGAACAGGCUCGAGUUCAGCUCCAUCGAGGAUGGCACGGUCAACCCUUUCCUCGAGGUUCCUCUGUUCUCGACCAUCGCCUCGAUGCAGAGCGGACAAGUGACCGCUAGCCUCGUCGUCCUGACAACUUGCCUCCGCCUCUUCGCCCUCGUCCACGAUCCGUCCUCGCCCUACAACGUCAAGACUGUCUCCUCAGUUUCCGUCGCUGAACCGUUCGGCCGACUCGCUGAAUACCAGGAUAUCUUGGUCGACCCCGCCAACCGCUGCCUCCUCGUUCACGCCUACGCCGGUCUCGUGCGCAUCAUACCCUUGUCCAUCGGCAACACUCCCACGCAGCGUGGAUCACGAACGGCGACCAGGCUUGCCGAAUCAUCGCACGAAUCGCCUCUCGACUUGAGCCACAGCUACAACGUCCGACUCCCUAUCCUCAACGUCGCCUCUCUCGCACUCGUCGCCUCAUCCGCCAAUGACUCUCCUACUCUUGCGGCAAUUUACACCGAGCAUACCGGCGCUCGCACGCUCUCUACGUUCGCGAUCAGUCUCAAGGACAAGGACCUUUGCGAAGGCCCCAUCGCCGCCUUCGCACUCGCCGAUGCGGGCAGUGAACUCGCAUUGCCGGUCAACGAGGCAGCUGCGCCCGGCAUACUGGUCGCUGGCGAGGAGACGGUCACCUGGGUCAGCCUGGAAGAGCGGAACGGAGCUUCAACUGCGGCCUCGAAGGGCAAAGGGAGGGCUGCCAGUCAGCUGCUCGUCUCCUGCCGCCUGCCUGUAGCACGGAUCACUGCAUGGGCUUGGCGCGGCACCGACCGUCUCCUUCUCGGCGACAUCUACGGCAAGCUCUUCGAGGUGAACCUGCGGCGGGGGGAAGACGGCGUUGUCAGCGGUAUCUCCGCGCAGGAUGUCGGAGACGCGGCGUCAGCGAGUGCAAUCGUGCCUCUCGACACGACAACUGUCUAUCUCGCGUCGCGUUUCGGCGACCCCCAGAUCGUGCGGUUCGUUUCGGCGGAAGAUGAAGGCAUGGCUGGGUCGGCAGAACUCGCCCUCGUCGACAGCUUCUCGAACAUCGCGCCGAUAGUCGAUAUCUGCGUCGUCAACGCACACGGACAGGCUGCGAAUUACGCCGUCACCUGUUCGGGCGCAUACAAGACCGGAUCCCUCCGUGUGAUCCGCCGCGGGGUCGGAUUGACCGAACUCGCAGCACUCGAAGCCGAGGGCGUCCAGCAGAUCUGGUCGCUUACGCCGCUUGCGCCCUCAACCGAGCAAUUACUCGUCCUAGGUUUCUUCGACGAGACCCGCGUCUUCAAGCUGUCUGCGGGCGACCCUGCAGGAGUCGAGGCAGUUCAGAUGGACGAGAUGGAUCUGCAGCUGUUUGCUUCGCCAGGUCUGACCAUCUUUGCCGGUUGCGUCGGGUCGAUGCUGGUCCGCGUGACGGCAGAGGCUGUCACCUACACGUCAGAUCGCGGCGAGAAGAGUUGGAAGGCCAUAAGCGCAGGGAAAAUCACCGCCGCUGCUGCUGGAGGCGACCAUCUCGUACUCGCGUUCGAAGGCGGCUUUUUGAAGCUCCUCACUGCGCAGAAUGACAUUUUCACGGAGUCGGGCAAUAUCGCUUUCGAGCACGACAUCGCAUCGCUUUCCCUGUCCGAGACGUCCGCCGGCGCUUUUGCGGUCGUCGGGCUUUGGACGUCGCAGGCGGUCCAUCUUGUUGGGAUCCCCGAUCUCGCCGUCUACGCCUCGCAAAAGAUCGCGUCGACUUUCCUCAUCCGAUCCGCCGCACUUACCAACUUUGGCAACGGAGACUACGCGCUCUUCGUCGGUCUCGGCGACGGCACUCUCGCGAGUUAUACGGUGGAUCUCGCGGCGCACGCUGUCACCGACUCGACGGGGAAGAUGAUCGCUCUCGGCAGGCGGCCGCUCUUGCUCAGCGAGAUCGGUCCCGAAGGCGCCAAGGUACUUCUCGCCGUCAGCGACCGCCCUACGGUCAUCAGCAGAGCGCGCGAUCGGCUCAACUACUCAAGCGUGACGAUUACGGAUGUCUCGUCUGUCGUCAACAUCUCUCAUCCCGCCUUGGGCGACUUGGUUGCCCUUGUCUCGCGCGAGGGCGUCCAAAUCGGGCGGAUGGAUACGGUCCAGAAGGUCGACAUUCGGACCGUCCCGUUGGCCGAGGACGAACCUCGCAGGAUCGUCUACAAUCCCGUCAGUCGCGAAUUCUGCGUCGCAUGCUCGAGGCGCGACGUCGACCGGCGCACAGGUCAGCAGGCCGUCACGAGCUUCGUGCGGCUUGUGUCGGAAGAUUCGUUCGAGACUUCAAGCGUCUUCGAGCUCGAGCGCGGGGAAGAGGCGCAAAGCCUCGCCCUCGUCGAAAGCCAGGACACGCGCUACUACGUCGUCGGCACGGUCAAGCUCGACUCAGCUACGCCGGAGCCGACAGACGGUCGCCUGGUCGUGAUAUCCGUUUCAGAAGCUGGAAACCCGCGUCAAGUCUCGACUGCCCGCCUCGGUGGCUGUCCAUACGCUCUCGUCGCCUUGAGCGACGGAUUGUUCGCGAGUGCAGUCAACUCGCAGGUCGCCGUCUGGACCAUCGACAGCGAGGGGGCGCUCGCUCUGAAGUCGACCUGGAGCGGAGCUUUCAUCGCGUACACGCUGGCGCGCGCACCCGAUGACACGCUCAUCGUCGGAGAUGCCCUUCGGUCGUUGACGGUCCUACGCUACAUCGCCUCGCCGCAGCCGAGACUCCUCGAAGUCGCGAAGGACUACCGUUCGCGCUACAUGGUCGGCGUCGACGACCUUGGUCGUGACUCGACAGGCGCAGAUCGCUACAUCGGCGCGGAGACGGACCUCAACCUGUUCGCCGUCUCGAGGCAUCCGCAGCAAGCCGCCGGCAACCUCGCGAAUGCUGCGACGCUGCAAGAUGCCGGAGCCUUCCACCUCGGCGAGCUCGUAACGCGCUUCCGUACUGGCUCGCUUGGGGAUUUGAUUGGCGACACGAAUACUAGCGUCGUACCGCGCCUCGUCUACAGCACGUCGGCGGGGACGAUUGGCGCGAUUGCUGAUCUCGACGCCGCAUCUUCUCGCAUCCUUUCCGACCUGGAGAGGAACAUGCGCGAGUUCGUCAAGGGUAUCGGUGGACUCGAGCAGGAAGAGUACCGCGCAUACAAGGCCGACAAGCUCAAGACGCCCUCAACCGGCUUCAUCGACGGCGACUUUGUUCAGUCUUUCCUCGACCUCUCGAAGGAUGUCCAGGAACAGGUCAUGCAGGGCAAGAGCGAGCACGAGCGGCUCACGGUGGACAAGGCGGAGGUCGUUCGCCUGCUCGAGGAGGUCGCGAGGGUGCAUUGA